ACAUGUUUUGAGGUGUUUGGUUUGGUGCAAUACAUAAGUCUGGUUUGGUGUUUGUUAAAAAGUUACAUGCAAGGAUCUUUCUUAAAAGAUCCUUGGUUACAUGAGUGAGCGGAGCGGACGCAGAGCCAGAGAGCAGCUUAAGAACUGCUUUUAGAAGCGGCUUCGGCUUACGUAGAAUUCGCAAAGCAGAGCCUGAGCAGAGCCUCGGCAGCCGUCGGCUUGGCGUCCCACAGAACUCGCCGCGUGGUCUGUGAUAAUUUGUGGAUUAAUAUCCGCUUUCCAGAGGUAAUUUGUCGACGAGGAGGACUUAAGAGAUUAAUCUGAACUGCCAACCCAUGAGAAUCCAUCGGCAAAUCCGCAUAGCAACGUGAAAUCGGCCAGAGGUACGACAAAAUAGGGAAGCGGUUGAAGGCGCAGGCUUAUGCUACCUCUCUACAUUAAAUGUCGAAAGUCAGUUUGGCAGUGGUGCCAGAUCUUGUCAGAAGGAAAAGAGGCCGUCAUAGAUCAAAAGAUGGUCACUGUAUUGGAGGGUGUGGUAACCCUUCUUGCACAGCCAAGCGUAGAGGGGACAUAGACGAGAAUGUGCGAUGGUGGUACAUAAAGCUGGAGAGCGAGUCGGAGCCAUUUGACAGCGACGAGCCAGACAGUUUGAAGAACGAGAGCCUUUGGAGCAUUCAGCUGAGAGACACUGAUAGUGUACACGACAGUAGUGACAGCGAGAGCCGAUGGCGGCAAGCUCAUGACAUUGAGUACGAAGUCGCGUCCCUGAACUCUGAGAGUGAAAUCAAACCUUUCAGUUGCUCCUCAGACGAUGAUAGCUGCUCUUCAGUUGAGGGCUUGGUCAUAGCCACUGUGGCGCCCGAUGGCAUCACAAUUGACUACUUCGCGGACUCGAGCUCGGACUCAGAUUCAAGUGACAGUUCUGACCCUGAGCUGCAGCCCCAGGACAAGUGGUCAUGCCUCAGGUGCAAGCAGAAAAACCAGCCCAUCCCCAGAUACUGUCAACACUGUUUUGCCGUAAGGAAAAAGUGGUUUCCCCCUCGGCCGAAGGGCCACAAAAAACGACAGGAGGCUAACCUUGAAUCCCUGACCAUCCCUCCCCAAAUCCAAAUAACGCCAAACUUAUCCAUUCCAGACCUGUCUCAAAUGAAGGGACACCCAAUAGCAGACAGCAUUGAGCGCUCAUUCUCAGAGUCAGUAAGCCGGUUCGCCAGCAUGACAGAGAAUGAGCGUUUGGAGCAACUGAAAGAGAACUUGCACCGUAACAAACUAGCGCAGUCCCACACCGAGCAGCAAGUGACUGAAUGUCUUACCAAAAAAGUCAAGGAGGAAUUGAAAAGCACUCUGAUUAAUUCACUAGAGGAACAGCAGCAGGCCAUUCUCAAGAAUAUUUUGGAUGUCAAGGAAAUCAAGAAGAGGACCAGGGUGACUGUCAUGGCCAAGUCUACAUCAUCGGAGUGCAGCUUCAAGACCAUCGAGAAGGAUUGCAAGCCAAAUAAAAUGGAAAAAAGAAGGAGUGCGUUGGAAAGUGAGGAGGUUGAUUUUAGGACUAAAGUGAGUGAGUAUCUUGCUUCGUGUUCUCCGACCAUGUUGGACACUCCGCCCAUGUCACAGGAGACCAACUUCUCACUUACAACAUCUGAUUUUGACGAUGAUGUGGCGGACGGCCCCAUUUGUCGCCUGAAUGAAUUGCCUGCGUCAAAGGAGCCAGUUGAGGAAGGCAGACCAUUUUCCUUCAGCACAAUCAGCGGCAAUGGCAUCAAAAUGUGUGCUUUCUGUGAGGUGAAGGAAGCCAACACUGCGUUCAUCCAUGCGAGGAAGGGUCACCUGUGUGCCUGUUACAUCUGUGCUAAGCAGGUCUAUGCUGCCAAAGGCCAGUGCCCAAUAUGCCAGAGACAGGCGUCCUCUGUCUGCAAAAUCUACUCAUAGUCAAUCUCUAGAAGGUCUAAAGAAAAUUAUAUGAUUAUUUAAAAGGGGGAUUUUAAAUAUUUUUUUGUUCAUUUUGAAGGAUUUAUCAACCUUAUUAGUCAGUUCCUUUUUCAUGAAUUCUUAUUUGGGUUGAUAUAUCUUUCUUUGACGCACUGGAUCCUGUAUCAAUGUUGUUAACUGUCAAGAUUAUUACUAACUUUAGAACUAUUCUGUAUUUAUUUGAGUUGCUUCAUUGAAAAUUCUGAGUAAAUGUCAAUAUUCUUUUUAUGUAGUUUUUUACGUAGUUUAGGCUGCAGUGCGGCGAGUAAUCGGGUAUUUAUCGCCUCUUGGUAAAUACGCGGUUAUGAGUUUCAGUGAGUUGUUCACUAGCACUGUGUGCCUUUUUUUUCUCCCAACCAAUUUUUUCACAAUUGAUUGUACUGACUUGUUUGGAGAAAAAUAAAUUGGAUUGAAAUUGAAAUUAUUGUAAACCUGGUUUAAGUUUUCUUAUUGGUGAUACAAAAAGAGUUAUGUUAAAAUUUAUUUCUAGCCUUCCCUGCCUUUGUAAGCAGCAAUAUCAGAUUAAAAUAAU